AUGGACCCACCACAGAAGUUUAAUCCAACCUCCAUCCCAGAGUCUUCACAAAUGCUCACCGAAGAAAAUUCCCAGGACGAUUCAGGGGCCUCUCAAAUCUGCUCCGAGACAUUGAUAAAAAACCUUAGUAACUUGACUGUCAAUGCUAGUAACGAAUCCCCUUCCCCUGUACCGGAAUGUUCACUCUAUGAACAGUCUACAAGAGCAACAAUCCUCAGGGAAAUCACAGAUGACUUGCUUUACAGGAGGAGAGGAGUAAGAACAUUGCUGUCUGUGCAGAGAGAGAGGAUGGCAAGAUUCAGAUACAUGUUACUCGGCGGAGUUCAUACGCAUGAAAGAAUACUAAGAAACACUGGGCUUAAGGGAGUUAAGAAGGAAUCAAGACCAUUCAGAUGUCCCUGCAGUUUCUGCUUGUUUAACAGAUGGGAUCCUUCUGAGAAUGCUAGAAUAGGGAAUUAUGACACCAAGCCACUUCAGCCAUAA